AUGAGGAACGUCAAACAGACCAUCAUCCUUGCCCCCCUUGCCGCCGCCGCCCUCGUGGCCUCUGCUCCCCUCUCAUCCCGCUCUGCAAAUUUCAACUUUGAGGCUGGCGACUCUGUUCCUUCCUCGGCCCGGGAAGCAACAUUUAAAAUAGACGGCGGGGACUCUGCCCCACUGUCGGCCCGCGACGCAACCUUCAACAUCAAUCGCGAGGUUGCCGCCGUUGCGCCAGUCUCGCCCUCCCAUCGAACCCCAUCCCCUGGUUUCCUGCCUUCAGAAACGCAGCCCCGCCUGGAGGCUCGUGUCGAGCCGGCGGCCGCCGCACCAGAGACAGUGGAGCAGGACGUGCAAGGCGGCGGAUACAAGCCCUACAAGGAGGUGGACGAGUACAAGGCGGCAAAGAAGGAGAAGAAGAAGCAGGCCCUGUUGUCGGUGGCCCAGGCAGCUGUGGAAGUCGGCCUGAAGGUUGCCCAAGGUGCCAAGGCAGCCUAUGACGCGAAGAAAGAGGCCAAAGAGUCCAAGGGCGGGUACGGGUAUGGGUAUGGAGGUGGCAAGGGGUAUGGGAAGAUGGUGAAUGUGGAUGUGCCCAUGGUUGAGCAUGUCGAGACCAACGCAUGCAAGGUAGAGGCUUGA